AUGUGGUUGCUUCUGUUUUUGAUGGUAGCACUGGCUGCGGCACAACAAUGGGACGCGUCGAAGUAUCCGAAUCCAAGGAAAGGUGGAUUCAAACAGUGUAACAUGAAAUCAGCGAGCAGCGUUUGUGAUCCAGACGAGGUUCUUAGCAUGGAAUCGCGAUAUCGCCUCAACAACGAUCUUCAACGAAUCUCUGUGAGAACUGAAAGAGCUGGCGGUGCUUUCUGUGAUCGAAAAGGAACUGAUGCCAUACUAGCUAUAGUUAGACAGGGAUCACAACAACUCGUGAACGAUUUGAGUCGAUUGUGGCAUAUGGACGAUCAGUGCAAGAAAGGCAUCAUAUUCUUACUGAGCUCCGAUGACCAUGCUGAUGAAGUGCAAUCAAUCAUCGACACCAACGAAAGGCAACUUCAAACAGGAGACUUCGUCGGAGCUCUUGGAAACAUCUUCAAAGAAGUCGGCAAACGAACAAAUAUUGAAGAUGGUUUGGUUACCCCUCAUCCUCCGAUCAGUGUUGCCGCUUUAACUAUCUACUCUUCUUUACCACUACUGCUUUUAUUUAAUAUUUUUGUUUGA